AUGACUUCGACGUCACUGACGGCUGCGGCGGUGUUGUGCGUGCUGUUUCUGCUGGUGCCACCAUGUCUCGGGAAUUACUACUGCUUGCGGAGCCUGUGCCCGUCGGGUGACGCACACGUCGGCUGCUACUCGGAGGUGCCGUUCGGCAAGAGCUGCCAGGGUAUGAAGCCACAGAUCGUACCGAUGACCACGGAGCGGAAGAGAAUGAUCCUGCAUCAGCACAACCAGCAACGCCAGCGGCUAGCCGUCGGGACACUGCCCGGCUUCGAGCAGGCCUACAGCAUGCCGCAACUCUACUGGGACGAUGAGCUGCAGUACCUUGCCGAGCUGAAUGCCCGGUCGUGCGUGUACGCACACGACCACUGCCGCAACACGUACACCUUCCCGCGGGCCGGCCAGAACAUCGCCAUCAUCCGGCACUUUGGGCUGAACCUGACCAAGGAGUACGUGUUCCAGUACAUCAUCGACCACUGGUACAAUGAGUACCCGCUCGCGACGACGUUCGUCGACCAGUAUCCGACCAACUACGUCGGUCCGGAGUUUGCACACUUCACGCAGAUUGUGAACGAUCGGGCGGUAAAGAUGGCGUGCGGGAUGGCGACCUGGGAGUUCUACAACGGCUACGUCUGGACGAACGACUAUCUCGUGUGCAACUAUGGCUACUCGAACGUGAUCGGCGACCGGUCGUACACGAAGGGACCGGUUGCGGCGGGAUGCAAGAAUGGCCGGAGCGACGUCUAUCCCGGGCUCUGCCUCUAG